UUAACAAAUUUCAAAUGAGCAUGGUUGCAGCUUUAAGGGUUGCGUUGGCAACAGUGGGCGGAACCACACUGGGAUUCUGCAAAUGCUCACCUGCGAUUGGUGAGUUGAACCCCGCGCUGAACCAGAAUUUAUGAUCGGAUUGGAUUGCUAGAAACGUCAAUCAAGUGACGCUCCCUUUCUUCCGCUAUGACUUCAUGGAGAAGCAAGCCAGUGAGGAAAUGCCGGUGGGAAACAGUGCGCCAGGCGCUGUCAGGGUGAGCGGGCGCCCGGAGACAUGAGCAGCUUUUGUUAACCCGGGUAUCACCAAGGAAGCUGCAAUGGAGGGAACAAAGCAGUCAAGAGUCUCUCGUCCACACAAAAUCAGUGAAUCAUCAAAGGUGUAUAGAUGGGCAGAUCAUUCCAAUGUCGUUCUUCAGGGGCUAAAUGAACAGAGACAAAGGGGAUUGUUCUGUGAUAUCAUACUUGUGGCAGAUGAGCAGAAAGUGUCAGCACACAGGAAUCUCUUGGCUGUCUACAGUGACUAUUUUAAUUCUAUGUUUACAAUUGGAAUGAGGGAAGCUUAUCAAAAAGAAGUUGAGUUGGUUGGAGCCUCCUAUAUAGGUUUGAAAGCUGUGAUCGACUUUCUUUAUAGUAGCGAGCUCCCAUUAGAUGGUGGGAAUAUUGACUAUGUUCUGGAAACUGCACAUCUUCUACAAAUUUGGAAAGUAGUGGAUUUUUGUUGUGAGUACCUAGAAAAUGAGGUUAGUGAAGAAAAUUACCUCUACCUUCAAGAACUAGCCUCAAUUUAUGACCUGGAGCGCUUGGACUGUUUCAUUGAUAGUUUUAUUCUGCAUGACUUUGGUACCCUUUCCUUCACACCAGACUUCUUACAGAACAUCUCUCUGCAAAAACUUUGUCUCUAUUUGGAGAGCAACAAUGUACAACAUGAAUGUGAACAUGAUUUAUUGCAGGUUGCACUGCAGUGGCUAACACAGAAUCCUGACAGAAUGCAGGAUGCACACCUCGUCCUUAAAAACAUCCAUUUCCCACUUAUACCUAAAAGUGAUCUAUUGCACAGAGUUAAACCGGCAGUGUGUUCCCUACUUCCCAAAGAAGCAAAUUGUGACGUCUUCUUGGAAGAAGCGAUACAUUAUCACAAUAACAUUACUAAGCAGCCAGUGCUUCAGAACAGACGUUCUACACUUCGAUCUGAUGUUGAAAGGCUUUUGUUUAUUGGUGGGGAAGUGUCUGAACGCGGAGAAGAGUUAAGUGAUGAUAUGUGCUACUUCGACGAAGAAAAAGGACAAUGGUUUUCUGAAACAAUGCUGCCUGCAAGACGGAGCCACCAUUGUGUAACUGUCUUUGGAGGAUUUAUCUUUAUGGCUGGUGGAAGCUCCUCUCGUGACAAUGGAGGUGAUGCGGCCUCAAACGUCCUAUAUAGAUAUGAUCCAAGGUGUAACCAAUGGCUCAAGGUUGCUCCCAUGAACCAGAGACGAGUAGAUUUUUACUUGGAUGCCUUUGCUGACUUUCUGAUAGCUGUUGGAGGCAGAAAUGAAAAUGGUGCUUUAUCUUCUGUUGAAAUUUAUGACCCCAUUAAAGAUUCAUGGUCCUAUGUUGCCGGCUUACCAAGGUUUACAUAUGGCCAUGCUGGUUCAAUAUAUAAGGAAUUUGUGUACAUCUCAGGUGGUCAUGAUUACCAAAUUGGACCGUACAGAAAGAAUCUUCUUUGCUAUGAUUAUCGAACUGAUGUCUGGGAAGAGAAAAGACCUAUGAUAACUGCCCGAGGAUGGCACAGCAUGUGCACACUACAUGACCAUAUCUAUGCUAUAGGUGGUAGUGAUGAUCACAUUGAGUCAAUGGAGCGAUUUGAUAUUUUAAGUGUGGAAUGUUACAGUCCACAAUGUAACCAGUGGACACGAGUUGCCUCACUUCUGGAGGCCAACAGUGAGUCAGGUGUGGCAGUUCUGAGCGGAAGAAUUUAUAUUCUUGGUGGUUACAGCUGGGAGAACACAGUGUUUUCAAAAGCUGUACAGAUAUAUAACAGAGAUGAGAAUAAGUGGCUCCGCGGCACUGAUCUGCCAAAAUUAAUUGCAGGAGUAUCGGCCUGUAUUUGUGUACUGAAGCCUAGGUCUCCAGAGAAGAAGCUAAAGACAAUACGCCAGGACUGUAGUAGAUAGUAACCAGUCCAAACAGGUGCAAUCUCAGGAUGCCCAUUGGAUUAAUAUAGCACAUUGUGAUAUAGAAAAAGCAUGUAGCAAUCCUCACCGGUGUUGGGUUUCUGGCAUUUGACAAUAAUAUUUAAUAGACGUGUACUAUUUAUUCUCAGUAACUGCUAUGUAAUGCUGUGUCACUGUGUGUUACAUUGAUAUGCAGGAGCCUGAAUUGUUAUUGAGUGAUCCUAAGAUGUGAUUUUUUUUAAAACAAGAAAGCAAUGGUGCGUGUUGAAUGAGAGAGAGAGCAGUGUGGGUAAACCUAAGCGUUUCUUUUAUCUAUUAUAAUGAAGUUGUGUGUAUUGUGUUAAUUAUAAAUUAUCUGGGGAAAUAGAGUACACUUAAAAGGAUGCAUUCACUCUUAAACAAGUGAAUGCUUUUCACACGAGCUUCUGAAUAGUCUGGUCCAAUUUCAUUUACCUAAUCUUUACCAGAUGAAAUUUGCCAGAUCUACUAAAAUGUGGGUGUUAAUGCAUUAGUAGAAAAGCCAUGCUUCCAAAAGUUUAUCAGUAUAACAAAUAAUGCUAAAUAGCCUGAAAGGUACCCAUUACAUGUUUCUUAAAGGUAUUAUGGGCUAAUAAUUGGCGGUCAAAAUAACAAGCUAUUUUCAAAAAAUAGUAAUUUAUGUAUGCCAUGUAUACCACAUCACAUUGUGAGAAGUUAAAGGACCCAUGGCUGUAAAUUUAAUUUAAAUCUAAUGUACAAUGUGAUUGAAGUAUUAAUGUAGCAGUUAGCUAUUUAACAGUUCAAUGAGAUCAACAGCAAAAUAGAAUAAGCCCACAGUUUUAAAAUAACACUUUCCUCUAUCAGCUGCCCUUUGUUCAUGUGAGGCAAAGUUCUGAACUUUGAAGAAUGUUUGCUUAUUCCUAUCCGUCCAGUUCUGCCUUUUGCACCUCCAACCCCUCCAUCUUGUCUUUCAUUACUAUUUUCCUGCAUGGAGAAGAACGUGCUCUCACACUUCUGCUGUCAUACUUCCACAGAAGCUCGGUUACUUCCCUGGCAGGCUAAAAUCAAAAACUCCACAUGUUUGAGGAAUAAUAGGGAUGAAGUUUCAUCACCAAGUAGUAUUGCACUGCAGGGUUGUGUUUUAAGUACUUUAGGUACUUUAAGGGCCUUUUGUUUUGAGUUUCAAAAUGAAUGAUUUAAAUGCAUAUUUAGGAAGUAUGAUUAAUCUCUUGAUCAGUGUAUUGCACAUAUUUGCACAUUCCUGUAUGACAGAACCAUAAGGAAUUUUUCUCAAGACAUUGUAAAAUAUGUGAAAAUGGCUAUUUUCAGAACAUAAGAGGCACAUUCUAACCAUUCAAGCACAAAAAAAAACUGGAGUCUAAAUGUAGGUGGAGUUUUCUUUCAUGUUUCAAUACAAGAAGCACAUUUUCUAACUUUUAUAAUGAAGUAAGCUGAAAAAUUAAGAAAUACAGCAAUAAAAAAGUUAAGAGUUUUAUUACAUUUCUGACAAUGUACGAGUACAACUUGCCAUUUUCCAAGAAUGGGUGCUGCAGUAUCCCUUUCGUUGUACCCUUUUAACAGACAUAUCCAAAAUUUAUAGUUCAGAAUAUGGGAAACUCUUUCCCCCAAGAAAUGAUUUCAUGUUUGGAUUGUUAGUGAUUGAAAGUUUUUUUUUGUGCACCACCAUUACUGAUCCUACUAUUAAGAACACUUGUUUUAUUUUGUUGAAAAUUUUGUCUUUGUAUUAAAAUGUCUAUUUAAAAACAAAAGUUUAAACGCUGCUUUGACCUGUAGUCAAUUUGCUGUCUUUGAGGUGUAUGCUUCUCAUUGGUACACUUACAAGCCCUCUCCCUCCCGUACACAAUAACUUAUUGAUGAAUUGCUUAUUUGAUCUGUUUCACACCUUUUUGGGAUGACAUUUUUAAUAUAGAAUAUUUUUGUUAAUUUGUACAUUUUUUAAAAAAAGAGGUACCAAAUAGAAAGCUUGACACUUGAAUUUUUUUUAUUUUGAAUGACAUCCUAGGCCAAGUAUUAAUUCUUGGCAAAAACAAAGUACGUGGAUCUGUGACCACCAUAGCAGUCCUAGAUGGAAUAGGUGAUUAAAUGAAUUAUGUGUCCCAAACAAACCAAAGUGCUUAUGUUUACUGAACAAAAAGUUAACUUCAGAAAGAGUUGUAGGACUUACUUUUUUUUUCCAAAAGAAGAGGAAAAAUACGUAGGUUCAGGAUAAAUAAAUGUAGUAAUGCAUCAAAGGAAAUCUUGUGGGAAGGUAGACAGGCCGAUUAAGAGGACAAAAUAUUUAUUCCUGACAGAUUGUUAGCAAGGUAUCAAGUUUCAGUUACUUUCAAGGAAUAUGUUAGCUGUUUAAUUCCAUAGUUAUGGUUAGCUGCUAAUUGGCAUCUCCCAAUACUAUUUUUAAGUCUCUUCUGUUUGAAUAAAAUCAAAAUGGUCCCAGUUAGCUCCAAAUAUCUGCACCUAGGAACGUUUUACAGUUGAAAUUAAGUAUUAUUGUCAUUUUAGUUUUGGGGAUGGAGAACAAGUUAUUAUAGUAGCUCUUAAAUCCUGUACCUCAGCACUCUGUAGGCACACGUAUAUGUUUCUAUAUUUCAAAUUAGCAGAAAAUUCUGAACACACUGGACUUGUCAAUCAUUUUACUUACCAUGGUAAAA